UGCCUGUAGCGAUACGCCCAUCCUACAGCCACCAUCCACUUUCCCUCUCCGACUUCUCCCCGUCUUCUCUCUUUUAUCUUAACCUCUCUCGAUCAUGUUGCACUAUUCUAAACUGCUCUUCAAGCUACGACUGCCGUCCUCUGUUUACGCUUUGUCUACACCCAGUCUAUAACCCAUCUUUAAUCAAUGUAGCGCCAAGUCGGUUUGGAUCGGCAUCCUCAAGCUACAGAUCUAUCACGUAGAUCCUAUCUCGUUCCUGGUUCUACAGGACAGUGUCCAAUCAAGCUCACACGUGAAUUAAGUCGCAGGCCGUUCGAGGGCUUUCCCUCCUGGGACUUGUUCUCACCACGUACUUUAACCUCUUGUGCUCCUGCUUUCAUAGCAAGCUUUCUUUCUCGCAGGUACUAUAAAGUUACACACAUCGGUAGCGGCACCCAGACCGCCCACAUCAAACCCUUGGUUUUCCCCGGUCCGUCUUGUAUCGAAAGACGCAGCAGUUUCGCCCAGUCCCUGAAAGGCUAGCAUGUCUGUCUGUGUCUCUAUCAAGAUAGUGUUAAUCGUUCUGCACUUCGCAUCUUUUAGCGGUGCUUUUCCCGCCCUGCUGUCAUUUGUCUAGGUUCUCAUCGACUUUAGUCCUAUGCAAUCCUCCGACUUUUCUGCCCGUAUCGAGAUAUACAUAGUCUUGUCUCACUUGGAUCUCAGGGCCGAAAUCUUGACACCGCUAGCGCUUUCUUUUUCCUUCCCGUUGUUAGUCUCUAAAGACGUGCUCUGGGAUACAUGGAUUUGAACUCAUGGGCUGCGUCCUUGUAGAGCCUCGUGACUGGAUCUAUAAUCUCUCUUCUCACACCUUAGCCUGUUUGUUGGUGACCCACCGCCCUAGCCGUUGAUGAAAUGUCGUAUGCGCUGUCAUUCCUGUGCACGUUGCAUACACCUGUCAAUAAAUACUGAGUUAGGUGUUAUCUGUCCAGCGCGAGACCAUCCUAUUCUUGAGCUGCUUUCGUCAAAGCGUGUCAGAUAUUCUUCUUCUUAUGACUCUCGUCAUCUUAAAUCGCUCGAUCAGCAGGAAGAGUCUCCCAUCUCUUCCACCAGAGAUUUGGGAGAAUGUGUUAUACAGCUUGGACGAGAGCUAUAGCACGUCUGAGCUUGAAGACGAGGGUUUCUGGAAAAGAGCUUACAAGACGCUUGCUGCAUGUUCCCGCACAUGUCGCUUCUGGCACAUUGUCGCGCAACGAAGUCUCUACAGGCACAUCCGAUUGUUCUACUCCUCUACCUGGUUCAACAUCAAGGUUCUUACUCACUCACUCUGGCUGUUCCGAAAAAAUGUGUCUUUCAUCCGCAGCCUAUUUAUACGAUUUCCGGUCUUUGACAAGUCAACAUAUGCCACUGGGUGGUCUAUACCCCUCUUUCCCAAUAUUCUGCCCAAUGUCACCCUCUUAAAAUUGCAACACAUGGACAUGGCAAAAGUGCAUUCAGAUUUCCUCAGAACAUUGGCAUGUCUUCCAUCGCUGCGGCAUCUGGUGCUUGAAGGGUCAACAAUCAAAAUUCGGGUUUUGCAACGGAUCAUCUUUUCUCUCAAGGACUUGCAACAUCUGGAUCUUAUCAACAUGGAGUUUCUUUGGACUGAGGCCCAAUUCCUGUCCACAGAAUGUUCCAUACAUAGAUGUUCUUUGCAAACUAUUGGCUUGUAUGCCGAGUGGCACGGGGCACAGGCUGCCAGCUGUACGGGGAUCCUACAGUGGUUGGCUUGCAAUCCUGGGAUUUCUCAGACAGUUAGAGUGCUGGACAUCCAUAUCUUCCAGACCACAGAUGAGACCAUCCUAGCACUUGAUAAAGUCUUGAUGGUCUGUGGCCUUUCAUUGGAAUACUGCAGGCUAGCUAUUUCUUGGACCACAAAAUGCAGCAUUGACUUUCAGCAUAAUCCAAAUCUGAAGGACCUAGCCCUCAAAUAUAUAGGUCCAACUGACCUAUCAGCUGCUGAUGAGAUUCAGACAAACAUAUCAUCAUGGGUGCUUCCACUGGUGUCCUCAAUACACUCUUCCAAUGUUGCAAUUCACAUUGAAAGAUUUGUAGAUAUAGUAGAAUGCUGUGGGGCACUAGAGGCUAGUCUUAACAUGACGGGUGUAUCAAAACUAAGGCAGGUCAGAGUUCUAUUAGAGGAGCGAGGAGGAAAAAAUCUAGUGAGAUGGAUAGGUUUAUUUCCUGUGUUGGUUGAGCAGAAGAGAUUGUUUUUAUGUCAGGAAUUUAGAGAGUCCUGGAAGAGUUUGUUUAUGGCAGACAGAUAGUUCACUAUUGAUAGUCAUAGGUACAUGCUUGAUAUUUCAAUUACAA